AUGGGCUUCUUGGUUUCCAAACAUGUUCCGCAGGAUAUGAGUGAGGUACAACAAUUUAUUGACGAAUUGAUUGCACUGAAAAAAAUAGUAGUAAUAUCAAAGAGUUGGUGCAUAUAUUGUAAACGAACACGUAAAGCGCUUGCCUCGUAUCCUCUCGAAGGAGAUGCAAUGGAAUGGAUCGACAUCAACAAAAGGUCUGAUGGAAAAGAAAUUUUGGAUUAUAUGGAACAGAUAACUGGAUCAAGAAGAGUGCCGCGAAUUUUCAUCGGCGGUGAAUUUUUUGGAGGUUGCGCUGAAAUUUGUGCAGCAAAAAGGGACGGUAUCUUAGAACGCAAGCUUACUGCAAUUGGGGCCAUAUGA